AUGCAGAGAACUUUAGAAGGUACAUAUUUUAGGAUUUAUACAUUCCUCGCUCUUGCCGAAUUCUCGACAGAAAAAGCCGAAUUCGCCAAAUACCGGUAUAACCAGCGCGAUUCACCUGAAAUCAUUGAUUCGAGUCUGUUUGGAAGAGAUAUGCGUAGCGGUGAAGUGGAAUGUAGUUCGGAUACGGAAGAACUGUAUGAUACUUUGAAAAGUGCCCGAAAUCGAAAGCAACGACAAGCUGGAGGAUGGCAAUCCAUUGGUUUGGAUCAUACGAUUUUCAAAGGAAUUCAAAAAAAAGGAUUUCGUCAGCCUACACCAAUUCAGCGCAAAGCAAUACCAUUAAUUAUUGAUGGAAAAGAUAUUGUUGCUAUGUCGAGAACAGGAAGCGGAAAAACAGCAGCUUUUGUUAUUCCAAUCUUACAGAAAUUAAAGACUCGCGAUAUGAAAGGCAUCCGCGCUUUGAUUAUUGAACCGACACGAGAGCUGGCAAUGCAAACUUUCACUGUAGUUAAGGAGUUGGGAAGAUUUACUGGUUUACGUUGUGCAGUUUUAGUGGGUGGCGAUCGUAUCGAGGAACAAUUUCAAGCUGUUCACGAAAAACCGGAUAUCGUGAUUGCAACACCUGGACGUCUACUGCAUGUUCUUGUUGAAAUGGACUUUCGUCUUUCUGCAGUGCAAAUUAUUGUGUUUGAUGAAGCAGAUCGCUUAUUUGAAAUGGGCUUUGCUGAACAACUUCACGAAGUGCUGAAACGAUUACCGGAAAAUCGACAGACUUUGCUCUUCUCAGCCACUCUUCCAAAGAGUAUCAUUGCUUUUUCAAAAGCAGGCCUUUCAGAUCCAGUUCUAGUUCGACUUGAUCUUACUGAAAAAAUAAGUGACCGGCUAUCAAUGGUAUUUUUACACUGUCGCGCAGAUGAUAAAUUGGCGGCAUUUUUACAUCUUGCUCGUGAAGUUAUAGCAGCAAAUGAGCAAACUGUUGUUUUUUGUGCAACAAUGAAGCAUGUAGAAUAUUUAGCAGCAGUUGCUAAAAAAGCUGGAAUCGAUUGCGUGGUAUUGUAUAGCCAGUUGGACUCUGUAGCUAGGAAUAUUAACAUUCAAAAAUUUCGCAAGAAUGAAUGUUCCUUAUUAAUUGUGACAGACAUUGCGGCUAGAGGAGUCGAUAUUCCGCUUUUGGAUGUUGCAAUAAAUUAUCAUUUUCCUCCUAAACCGAAACUUUUUGUUCAUCGUGUUGGUAGAGUUGCCCGUGCUGGCCGUUCCGGAAAAGCCAUCAGCUUAUUCGGUACAGACGAAGUGCCAUACGUGAUCGAUCUCUUCCUGUUUCUAAGUCGUCCUUUAAAAUUCGCAACAACUAAUGAGACACUGAUCGGAAUAUUUCCAGAUGGUAUUAUUGAUAGGGAAAUUGAUUUUCUGAAAAAUGUGCAUGACAAUUCGGAUGAAUUGGACGAACUCUUGAAAAAAUCAGAAAAUGCUAUGCAGAAAUAUAAGAAAAUUCGUCCACAGCCAUCAGCUGAGUCAGUACGUCGAGCAAAAGAUGAAAUCAAGGAGGCAUUAUUCAAGGCUUCGGUUCAUCCAUUUCUUCAGCAGGAAACACCGGAAGAAACUGUCAGGCAAUCGUUGCUUCGAGAUUUGCACAAUUUUAAGUCGACAACAACUAUCUUUGAAAUUCAAAGUGGUAGUAAGACUUUAUCAGCAGCUGUUAUGAAGGAAAAACGUAAGGCUCAUCAGAAUUAUAUACAGUUUAAAACUGGUUCGGAUAAGUGUGCUGAUCUCGACCAGUCGAAAAUAGCCGAUCCUAUAUUUGAAGCAAGCGAAGACAUUUUAAAAAAUACAUUUCAAACAGUGAUAAAAAAUACGAAAUUUUCGGCCAUAAAUGCACUGACGCAAAAAAAAUACAAGGGAGGAAAGCGAAAAGCUGAUGAGCUAUUGGCAGAAAAGAAAAAGCAUUUUAUUGCUUAUGCACCUGCGGAAGCAAAUGCAGAACGUGGUUUAGCGGUGGAUCAUGAUUUCAAUGCCUUAGCCAAAGCAAGCGCUAUAGAAAUUCUUGCUGAUGAUGAAGUUGGUUUGUAUAAGCAAGAGAAACGCAAAAAAUGGUUGGUUUCAAUUUCUUAUUCUUAA